GCCCCCGCAGGUCUGUGCGUCCCGGCUGCCCGCCUGCCCGUCCGAGCGAAGCUCCCGUGGCCCUGCCGGCCGCACCCAGAUGGACCUCCCCCUGCUGUGGGCAGAGGUAUGGAGCCAGUGAGCAGCCCGCUGACCACACAUGUGCUGGACACUGCCUCAGGGCUCCCGGCCCAAGGCCUCUGUCUCCGCCUGUCCAGGCUCGAGGACCACGGCCAACAGUGGACUGAACUGAGGAAAAGCUACACCAACCCCGAUGGCCGCUGCCCUGGGCUCCUGCUGCCAGGGCAGAUGAAGGUGGGCACCUACAAGCUGACCUUCGACACCGAGGGCUACUGGAAGAAAAGGGGGCAGGAAAGCUUCUACCCGUAUGUGGAGGUCGUUUUCACCAUCACAGACGAGACCCACAAGUUCCAUGUCCCCCUGCUGCUGAGCCCAUGGUCCUACACCACCUACCGAGGGAGCUGACCACCUGGCCUGCGAGCACCGACGCCAUCGCCACGGCCUGAGCCACCCCCAGCCCUCCAGAGUGGGCUCCAAGCUCCUCGUGGGGCUUAGGUCCCACUUCCUGUGGGAGGUUCUGGCCCCCGUCACCCAGCGGCAGCUGUGACUCAGGCAUCAGUAAAGUCGGUGUGCUACCUGCAGGCUGCUGCAGUCACUGGGCAGAGCCUGGCCGGUGGGAGUGGGGGCCGCAGGGGCAGCUGAGGGGAGCAGACAGGCCGCGGAGCUGCUCCUGCCAUAGUUGUGCAACAGGACACGCAUCAAACGCGAAAAGCCUUCAUUUGUGACCCAACAAAUCCAAAAUCAUACACCUGCUGUCCGUGGUGUGUAAAAGGGCGUAUCAUGCAGGAACAGGUCCUAGCUGGGGGGCUACGUUGGGGUGCUCACGAGUCCAGCAGGGCCCUGGCCCAGGGUCUGCCCUAUCACGGCCGUUUCUAGGGGCUUGAAGCCCACGUUGUCCAGGGGGAUCCCGAAGGCCAGCAGCUUCGCCUCGUAGGUUCGCAGCAGGUCGUUGUGGGCCUGUGGGCACAGAGCAGUGUCGGAAGAGCAGGGGCCGCAGCAAGGGCUUGCCCGUGGGCCAGGGCAACUCCAAGGCUGACCCUCGCUUAGGCCACCAGCCCCAUGGAGGGUGGGAGGGGGUGGUGGAAACCACAAAGAAGCCUGGUGGAGAGUGCGGGUGACCCCAACCCAUCCCCGAACUCAGGUCUGGGCAACAGCACUGCCAGGGCCCAGGGACGUGGUUUCUGUUCCCUUCUCUGGAAAAUGGAUGUUUUUAAAAGGGUGACUUUCAUCAGAUGGCUGUAAGGGUUUGGAGAGGUUUGCACGAGAAAUACUUGGAGCCUGGCCUGACUCCAGUAAAAGCUCCGAAGGGCACACUGUCCCUAACACUGUCAGGAAGAGGGUGUCAGGCUGGGGUCAGGACUUAGAGGGUGAACUGAGGCGCAGCUCCAGGGAGAACUUGGAGGCCGGGCUUGGCUCUUACCCUUCACUAGGGUACAGGCCUCCGACAAUCAGAAACAACUUCCUCCCAAAGCUUCACAGACCAGUAGAUGGCACCAGUUUUGUGUGUACAAGUAUCAGGGUGCCAGGGAUUCCAAGGGAAGGGUCCAGAGUGGCGGGCAAGGCUGAGCUGGGCCUAGGGAAGGCCCAGCAUGCAGAUGCCUUCUUGCAGCUGCACAGCCCAGGGCUGACGUGUGACAGCCAACAGGUGACGUCCAACACAGAACUGGGCACGUGAGUCACUCGUGGGCUGGCUGCUCUUGGCAAAUGUGUCCACAGCAGCUCUGUGUCUGCAUCACCACAGGCAGAGCACAGACAGAGCUAUGGGCUCUGCUGCAGGGCCCAGGCCUCCUGGGCUCUUGGGACAGACGACAUGGGGUCAAGGCACUCCCUGCUCCUCCCCAACUGCAGGAGUCCCUCGGUGCCAAUGCCCAUUUUAUUUUUGGCACAGGAGCCUGCGCAGCUUUCAUUAGACUUACAGAGGAAUCGGAAAAGGUUAGACCUGCAACUGUUCCCUGCUGGGAGGGCAAGGAGCCUUAAUCCAGGGGAGCAGAGGCCUCUCCCAUCGCCCCAGAGGCCAGGUCAACACUGUGGUAGGUGAGGGUCAGACAAGGAGACAGGAAGAGCUGCUGGACAAGAUCAGCUGCCCUCCCUCACCAGAGGUGCCCCAGGCCACAUGUGGGGCGGGGCCCUGAAGGAAGGCGGGGCUCCCAUACCUUGCACACCCGGGCCAGCUCAUACUGUAGGUCCUUGAUGGUACCGUUCUUCGAUUCCAGAACGUCCUGGGGAGAGAUGCAGACGUGAAUUUGAGACCUGUUUUCAGACUGAGGCAGACAGGGCAGCCACGGGUCUGGUGUCCGGGGGCUCUGGCAGUGGCCCCAGAUGCCCAGGGUGCAGCAGCCUGACCCCAUCAAUGUGCGCGUCCACAUGGGAGGAGCCUGUGUGCAAAGGUCUCCCAGGGAGAAAGGAGACAGCACCUGCCUGGAAGGCUCGUGCUGAGAAGUUAGGGGCAGGCCUGCAGGGGUCCAAUCAGGAAAGGCAAGAGCUGCAGUGACCCUUGUGGGCAGGACUGUUUUCAGUACCCCUCAUCACACCCCUUGUGAUUCACACAGAAAUAGGUGCAGAGUCAGGGGUGAUCCCCAGACCCAGGACCACAGCGCUGCCAGCCCAGACAAGGCCUUCUGUCCCUGCACUGCCUGAGCCCCCAGUGGCCCAGCCUGGUGACUCGGGCCCACAGGCACUGCGGCCCACUGCGCCAGGACAUGGCGCGACCUCAAUCGGCAACAAGUCCAUCCUGCCCUGGCCUUUCCUGCAGUCCCUGUGGGCCCCUGGAUCCAGUCUGUCCUGUCCAGAACCUUCCAUAAUCCCCCGCUGGCCCCAAACUCAGGGGCACAGCUGACAGCUUCAGAAUCUCCCCCACCCGGCUGUCGCAGGUGCAGGCUCGGUGGGGGCAAGCAGUCUGCAGUGCUCUCAAUACAGAUGUGGUGCCCCGGCUGGUGUGGCCCAGUGCACUGAGCAACGUCCCCUGGACUGAGACCCAGGUUCAAUUCCUGGUCAAG